GGAGUCUGUGGGAGGAUUUAGGCCUGGUGUCUGCCUCCUUUGGAUGUUUCACUGAUGUGCGUGAUUGGUCACACCUGAGAGCCACCUUCAGCAGCAGCACCAUCAGCAGCUAGUGGGUCUGUUUGUGGAGGCUGGCAAAGUAAAAGCAGGUCAGCUUUGGUAGCUGGAGGUGUGAGAGCUGCAGCAGCCAUGCUUGCUGGAUUCCUAAUUACAAGACUAUUGCUGGUUUGCUUGUUGAGUGAUGUCAACUACAAGUCUGUUUUUGCAUCAGCUCAACAGGUGGUGCAUCCUCGGGUGUGGCAAGGUGCCCAGGCCCUGCAUGACUACCUGAUUCCUCACCAUGUCCACCAGGUGCAGGCUCCUGAAGCUCAGGAGAACCCCUGGUUAAAGCUGGUGGAGAGUCUCGUGAAAGACCAUCAGAGCCCAAAAUCUCCGAAUAUAAAAAAGCAGCCAGCUAAAUAUCCAGCUGGGCUGGUGGCCUCACCAGCACAACCGGGUGUGGAGCCCACGAAAAUCGAACUCGACAUAAACAUACCUCUGCACUACAUCUUCAAAGGAUUUUCCCCGUUAAAAGAUCUCAAACGGCUUCAUGAUGUAAAAGAUUUUUAUUUGUCUCAAAGCAGAGUUCCACAUCUGGAAGACAUAAGCAUUCCCACCAGGUCUGACCAGAGGGGUUUAAUCAACCCUUUGAAAAGAAAAAGCACCAGUGAAAACCCGGGUUUUCACAUCAAACCGACCGCUCCCAUCCAGAACCUUCGAGACAAGGGUUUGAAUCUGCACAGACUGGGACAAAUGUACCAAGACCAGCUGGAACUAGUCAAACGAGGCUUACCUGAGACUGUGCCUAAUUGGCCAAUCUUGCAUCAUGUUGUCAGACCCCAUCAUGGUAAAGUCCAAAACCUACAGACCCCAGAAUCCUCGUGCUGCCACCAAGCCCAGCUUCAGCGUCACUGGACCCUCCUCCGUAAUUUUCUCUUUCCUCAGACCCCCCGUGAUCCUUCUGCAGGAUCCCAGCAGGUCCUCGCAAGACCCAAUCUUCCUCGGGUACUCUUCAGUCCUCCAGCUAACCCAAAUCCUGCUCCAGCACAACGCUGGACAGAACGGGCUACACCAGAGCUGCAAGGUUUUCAACAGUCUGCAGGCCUGCAGAGUCUAAACUAUCAAAACAAACCGCAGAUCGUGGUUCCAGAUCGAAACCGGCCGCCUGACAACUCCAUGGUGAAUCCACAAUUCAACCCCCGAGCAUCUCUAUGCUCUCAAAGGCAGAACAAGCCAAUCCAGUGGUUGACGUGCCCGAGGUUCUACGAGAAGUAGUAUCCUGCACCUUCAGAGCUCCAGCUGAAAAUGGUCCACAGAGUAGACGGAGGAAAUCUGGGCAAAGGACAGAUGAACUUUUAAACUCAUGUUUGCAAUAAUAAACUUCAUCUCUGAAUAUUUCAAACCUGGCUCAUUAAUACAAGUUCUCAAGAUCGCAUCUUAAGUUGUAAUAAAUGGAUUUUGGUUUAGAA